AUGGCAAUUGCCGCUGUCCUGACAUCGUUACAAGGCAGCGUGAUGGAGUGUCUCUACCACUUACGAGUCGCCUCCCUUCUCGUCCCCAUCCUCUAUGUCAUUCUAAAUGAGUGCAUUCGUAAUUCGACCCGUGUCAAGGGGAUGACAGGUCCGUGGGGAUUGCCGUUGAUUGGAAACCUGGCGCAAAUUCGCACAGACGCCGCCGAGCAGUAUCGCCUGUGGUCAAAAAAGCAUAGCGCCGUUUAUCAGAUCCAGCUCAGGAAUAUCCCCGUCAUCGUGAUUGUUUCGAAUACUGCCAGAACGACAAUCGGCACCUCGCCCUACGGUGAGUCCUUAAAGAGACGCAGAAAGGGCGCUGCAUCGGCUCUCAACCUCCCCUCCGUUGAUAUGUACGUGUCACACCUGGACGUUGAGACAAAAGCCUAUGUGGAAGAACUGUACAGAUAUGGAAACCACGGGAAGACACCCAUCAACCCCAUGCCCAUGAUCCAGCGUCUGAGCUUGAGUUUGGCAUUGACUCUGAACUGGGGAGUGCGUAUUGCCUCGCAGGAAAAGGAGUUGUUCGAUGAGAUCACCGAGGUGGAAGAAGAGAUCAGUCGGUUCCGAAGCACCACCGGAAAUCUGCAGGAUUAUCUCCCUCUUCUGCGGUUAAAUCCGUUUAGCGCCAACUUGAAGAGAGCUGUGGAGAUGAGAACCCGUCGCGAUAAGUAUCUCGGGGCACUUUAUAGUGACUUGGAUGAUCGCAUGGCAAAGGGGAUACACAAGCCUUGUAUCCAGGCCAACGUUAUUAUGGAGAAGGAGGCUAAGCUGAAUAGUGAGGAGUUGACGUCGAUUAGGUUGACCAUGCCUUCUGGUGGACUUGAUACGGUCACCACUUUGGUUGCCUGGAGUUUGGGCUUGCUGUCUCAGCGUCCCGAUAUCCAGGAUCGGGCGGCCGUGGCGGUUCGGGAAAUGUAUGGUGAAGAUGAGCCCAUGUGCUCUUCGGAUGAUGAUCGGAAGUGUGCGUACAUUGCAGCUCUGGUCAAGGAAUGUCUUCGAUUCUUCACUGUGCUUCGAUUGGCACUUCCUCGUACCUCGAUCGAGGACAUCACUUAUGAUGGAAUCAUCAUUUCCAAGGGUACCAUAUUCUUUUUGAAUGCCUGGGCAUGCAAAAUGGAUCCCGACGUGUGGGCUGACCCGGAUGAGUUCCGUCCCGAGCGCUGGCUCAAGCAGCCCGAUGCGCCUCUCUUUACGUACGGUAUGGGCUAUCGGAUGUGCGCCGGCUCGCUGCUAGCCAACUGUGAGCUCUAUCUCGUCUUCAUCCGCACCCUCAACAGCUUCCGCCUCGAACCUCAUGACAAAACAGACUACCACCCUCUCCGGGGAAACUCAGAUCCGACAAGUUUGGUAGCCAUUCCUCGAAAAUAUCAGGUCCGAUUUGUACCGAAGAACGAAAAGGCUCUGUCGCAGGUUCUUGUCCAGUAA